GGACCUCUGGUGGAACUGCAUUACAUGAUACAUUAGUAUCCGAUUUGCAAGAUAUGUUGGAUGCGUACAAUGUUCACGCACAAUCAUUUAGGAUGGCACGUGAUAGGUUUAAUGAGACUAACUCUAUCUCUUUGAAGAUGAAGCUUACUGGUAAAAGGAAUUUAGAUGGACGGACUAACAAUACCCCUACCGCUCGUGAGGUAGCCGCACUUAUAGAGGGGGACUUUAGUUUGAAUCGAAAAGAGAGAGAUGUUGUUCUUCAGAAGAAAUCCGGAAAGUUUCAAAUUAUAUCUGAAUGGAAUCCUUCUUUUCUAGGAUUACAAUAUUUGUUACUUUUCCCCUAUGGUCAAGAUUGUUUUAAAGAGGAUGUUAACCUCACACGUGCAUCUCAAGCUACCACAAGAGGAAGAAAACAUGUUACAAUGAAAGAGUUCUUCUCAUACAUGUUGCAAGAAAGGAAGAGCGAGUCCCCUUACAUAUUGAGAUCGAAGAGAUUAUUCCGGAAAUUUAUUGUUGAUGGAUAUACCAUGAUUGAGUCAUGUCGUGUGACAUAUAUUAGACUACAUCAAAAGGACUUGCGAAGUGAACUAUAUACGGGAUUGGCUGAUGCUGUCGGUCAUGGUGAAACUGACGGAUCCAGGUUGGGACAACUCAUUGUACUUCCUAACUCAUUCACGGGAAGUGCACGUUACAUGAUUCAAAACUAUCAGGACGCGAUGAGCAUCUGCAGGUGGACAUGAUACCCACAACUCUUCAUCACGUUUACAUGUAACCCAAAGUGGCCUGAUAUUUUUCGCUACAUCGAGUGUAGAGGACUUGCUCCGGAUGAUCGUCCAAAUAUCAUUUGUAGAAUCUUAAGAUAAAACUUGAAAUGCUCAUAAAAGACUUGAAAGAAAAUAGACUAUUCAGUGAAGUUAAAGCAGGUAUGAGCUGAUUCUAUUAAUUAGUUAGUGAAGUUUUAUGUAAUUACAUUACUAUUAAUACUCUUCUCCAACAUAAACAACUAUAAUUUCAUGUGAUGACAAAAU